UGAAAACUGCGAAUGCAGACCGGAAAGGACUGGUGCUUAUGUCGAAGCCCAAGCUGUCAGUGUCACUGUAGACGGUGUAGUAGUACUAGGAGUCUAGGUCUAGGGUUGUCGAUGAGAGUUGCUAUCUCUUUCAUUGAUACCACCCCUGCGUUUCGGGGCGCUGCUCGUGUCUGUUGUCCACCCAGUAUUCGUGUUAGCUUUAUUUGUUCUGGCGCUAGCUAGGCUGGCGACGCUUGCUGGUACAUGGUGGCAACGUUUAGUGACGGAAAGCGUCUUUGCACUUGCACCGUAUUCUGUCAUAACGACCACGCUUUUCCUUUCUCCCUGGAUGCCACUGCACUAGAAAAGUAGCUGGUGAGGGUCUUUUUCAUUGAAAAAUUGUUUGCACAAAUUCUCCAACCCCGUGUCGUCUGGAAUAAUCAUGUAUCACUGACUGGUACACGGCAACCUGUCGCACUACACACAAGCUGCAAGUAGCCACCAGGAAUGUCUUGCCACCACUGCCAUCAAUGUAUCAAGAACGCAUGAUGGACGGUGAUAGCGAAGGCGAGAGCCAGACGGAGAAAGAGGAUGGCCCCUGUGCUGCAGCUGCUUCUGCCUCUAGCGUGGAGGACAGCGACUGGAGCGGUGCUGAGGCCGAGAACGAUAGUAGCGGCGCGAGUGUCAGUCCCGGACAGGAGCAGCGGAAAGGCACCUCUAGCGGCGUCGCAGAGAGCGCUAAAACGGCUGCCCUAAGCGGCGGUGGACUGAGCAAGAAUUCCAUCGUUGACGGCUUGCUGGCGGAAAUUUACCAUGACCCAUUCGGCCAGGCCGAGGCAUCGUCUGGCCAUGCCUAUUUCACUGAAUGCUCUGCCGAGUCCAGUUCAAUACUGGGAGACAAUGAGGGAAAGACCACGAUAGUGAUUGAUGGCCCGGAUACCAACCAAACAUCUGCCAUAGUUGCCAGCAAAGCCUACUUGGAAUCAAAAGAUAUCGAUGAACUACAAGAGCUGGCAGCUGAUAUGCGAGCAAGGAUAACAGAACUUUCUGUGAAGCUCAUCAGUGCACUCAAGCGUAGGAAUAGGAGUGAGCAGAAGGUGCAGGCUAACUGUGAACUGGUUACGGCUACACUGCAGGCAUUCUCCGAGAAGCGACGUGAGGACAGUCAGCUGCGUUUCUCGCUGGCCCCGCUUGGCACUGAGGAGAGCUUUGGUCAGUGGAAGGCUGCGUAUAAAGCCAUCGUUUCUCAACAUAAUGGCCUGCCCGUGCCCUGGCGGGAACGAGUGUGGCUCGGUAUGGCCGAUCAUGCUCUGAAAGAAGUUGACUGGCAGGAAGUGAAACGCUUUGCUUUCAAUGACAAGAGCAAUCCGGAUGAUGACAACCUGGGUAUCCAAAUUGUCAAGGACUUGCACAGAACUGGCUGCAGCGGUUUCUGCGGACAGGACGCUGCCCGGGAGCGUGCCAUCUUGAAACGAGUCCUGCUGGCGUACGCCCGUUGGAACAAGUCAGUUGGCUAUUGUCAAGGUUUCAACAUCCUGGCAGCUGUGCUCCUGCAGGUUCUCAACAACACCGAGGAAAAGGCACUGAAGGUCAUGAUCUAUCUUGUUGACAAUCUAUUGCCGCCAAACUACUUCACCAACAACUUGAGUACCCUACAGGCUGACAUGGUCGUCUUCCGUGUUCUAAUGAAGAAGCAUCUGCCACGGCUGUGGAAUCACCUGCGCUUCUUGCAGGAGGUGGCCAUAGACUUUGAGUUUGGUCUGAUGGCUGAUGAGAAUUGUGUGUCACACGAGCCGCCGCUGACAGAUGUGUUCACGGUGCAGUGGUUCCUGACAGCGUUUGCCACGUGCUUGCCGAUGGAGACCGUUCUGCGCGUCUGGGAUCUGCUCAUCUUGCACGGCGCCGAGAUACUGUUCCGCGUGGGCCUUGCCGUAUGGUCACUACUGGAGAAGCACCUGUUGCUUGCAGAAAGUGCUCCAGACUUCUACUCCAUGAUGAGCAACUUGUCCAAAGACAUGCUGAGCGGCGCUGCGUUUACCGUUGACAUGCUACUAGAGAGGAUCUUCAAGGUGGCGCCAUUUCCCUUCCCUGGUCUGAAGUCUCUGUGUGACAACUACCGCUACAACAUACACCCACUGGAUAACAGUGUGGCUGAUGUGGCCGCGGCUGAGAGCGAUGCCGACACCGGCGGUCGUGAUGAUGUAAGCGAUGCGCUGGAGACGACACACAUCGUGGGCAGCUGCUUCUCCGGUAUUCUUCCUGUGGCGGCCAGCGCUUUCUCUAAUGCUGACGUCCAGGACAUCAUACAGAGUGCCCACCCGGCAUUGGAGUCUGUGUCCAGGAAAGUCAACAACAAGAUCAAGCCGGCGCCGAAAGACGACGACGUGGCCAAGCUGGAGAAGAAUUUCUUCGAGCGCCAUCGACGCCAGGACAGAGCUAUAUUCCUCUUUGCGCCCAUGCCGCUAAGUCGCAACGUGGAGCCAGUCAAGGGUCAUGUGAUGGGCCGUCAGCGCCAUGUAUCGCCCAAUCUGGAGAAGGAGAGGACAAGCACGUCCGGUUCGUCACACGUCACUGCCGCCGCGUCUUCAAGGUCUAGAGUAGCACCACUGGCUACGGUACUUGCCGAGCAGCAGACCAGCAGUCGGCACAUCCGUCCACCUCGCAUUCUCUCGCACGCCCCGCUCUCCCUGGACUCGCCGCACUGGCGGCGCUCGACCACUCUGAGUCGACAGAGUAACCAUGGCAACACCAGUACUAGCUCUGCAGAUCAGCGUGGAGCAGGGGUGGCCGGAUCGGCAACGCAGCAUGAUGUCAUCACCAGCAGCCAUAGCAGUGUCCUGGAGGGCAUCGACGUAGAGUUCACCGAGCGAGAUACGUCCACUACGGCCAACGGCCAACGGCAGCAGCAGCAACGCUCAGCAACAACCCCAACUGCACAACUGACGACACAAAUGCUCAAUGUAGGCGAGCAUGAGAAUGGUGAAUUCCGUCGGGACUCCGGUGAAAGGAAAUCUUUGAUUUCAUCUCACCCUGCUGAUUACUGCAUGCCAUUCACCGUCAGCGCCAGUGGUAAUCCAUUCGAUUCAGACAAUAGCUGUGAUAGUGAUGCUGGUGGUGCUGACAGUGCUGGUAGCAAUGUCAGUUGCUGUGAGUCCAGCACUUCCCACGGUCCUGUCAUAGCGCAGCUGAUUACCACCGCGGACGAAGACGCCGCGCUGCGCCAGGAGACCGCCAGGAAAAGCGCCCAUCCAGAUCUUCUGGUGUGCCUCGACGACGCAUCGCCAUCCGUGAACGGCUUGAGUGGCGUAACAUCAGCAGCAGCAGCAGCAGCAGGAGGUGGUGUUGCAGGGCAAAGCAAACCGCCGCCACCGCUCACUCAGAGCACCAUUGAAACGAUUGCCAGCAAACUGGAGAGUUGCUCCGCCAGCAGCAGCCCGCUGAGCCGUGUUCGCUCUGGCGACCGUCCCGAUAUCCUGCAAUCGCUGGGUGGAGCGGCUGAGCAACGCGGAGGUGCAAACGCAGCAUCAAGAUGUAGUCGAGGAGCUAGUAAACAAAUAGUGGAUGCGGAGUCCACAUGGAGUGCAGUGCAUUUAUCAGCUGAGGUUAGCAGCGGUGAUGAAAGUACCACAAGCUGCGCCACCCCAACACGACCAUACCCGCAUAGACUCAUGGUACCCGAUCUAGACACGGAGGGCAUGUCGACAGCCAUAGGCCGCCGGCAUCAGCAAGGGCCACAGCAGCAGGCAAUGUGCAGGACAUCAGUUGGUGAUGUUGGCAUGCCAACCACAGGAACUCCUCCUGGUAACCGCAGCAACCCUGGUAGAAUACGUCGACAGCUUGUCAAGAAGAAGAGCUCUAGUCAGCAGCGACGUGGCCCAGACCUUUCUAGUCUGGAUGUAGCCAUGGUUGCUAUGAGCGACUCGGACGACUCUACAGGUGCGGCGGCAAAGCCGUCGGUUCCUCCAAGUGAUCAAAUGGCGGGAGGAAAUGGUCCCAAGAGUGCACGCAUGAUCCCCAUCUGGCAGAACCAUUUGGAGAAUCUACAGCGAAUACAACGCGCUGCCGCUGGUACACGGUCGUCUUGUAGUCUUAGUCAGGCAGCACACGGGAAACCAGCUCGAGCUCCGGCCAUCUGCUCGUCAUCCUCCGAGUCACCAGUGCAGCCUGCUCGGCCAAGAACCGUAGCAGACGCGCAGAAACAUACUGGCGGCUGGCUGUCGGAUAGAAGCACUGUACUGUCGUCGGCCCUCAGCGGCGUUUUCUAGCGGUCCAGUCCUGACGACACACCUCUCCGUGACCAGUCCGUAGUGUUUGAUGACUUUGAUCUGUGCAUGCGGCGGGCACAUAGUUAGUCUUUCUGCAGGUGAAUUCUCUGCGAUAGUUAUCCUUUUGUCCAUUCGCACAGCAGGGCUUAACUGCUGCAGGAAUGCAGUCCAGCAGAAAGCCGCACUAGUGAUUCAUAGCUGGAACGUAUGAAACUGCACCAGGCGUUCUUGCCAUGUGUGGCCAAGGCUGAGCAAUGCCUGACCCACUACAGCACUUCAGCAUGACCCGGCGGCGGUGGCGGCGAUUCCAGCUAAUUCCAUUCCCAGUCACCAUGUUCAGAGGUUCUGUCUAUUUCCAAACUCCAGGCGAUCCCGGACAUUAGAAGCCGUAUUUUACUGCACGCUGCUCAUGUAUAUUGCAGCAAGUCACUUCAGAAUCUUGGGACGAUGACCAGCAGGUUGAAAAACCUCUUUUACGCAAGCAGAGCGUCGCCAGUGAAUAGUUAAUUCGAUAAUCAAGGUUGAGUUUUGUGCCUGCAAUCCAUGUGGAAUGUAGGUGAUAUACACGUAGACACUCUAAGAUACCCCUAAGGGCCCUAGCCCAAUUUGCCACUGUUCAUACUUUCUUUUCUUGAAGUAAACACUCGAUGGUUCUUAUAGAGCUGGCAUAUGAAUCUCACUCUCAAACUAUUUAUGCAUACAGACAUAUCCUACAGGGUAAACAUUAUCUGAUUUACGCUCCAUAAUCACCAACCGUUACUCAA